AUGACUUCAAUGGCUUAUCAGCUGGCUCACAUGAGAGAGAGAGCCAAGGGCAUUGGAACCAGGAAUCAAGCUGUGAAGUUUUGCCAGCAGGACUUUGAGACACUGCGAGCCAAGUGUCUGCAGACAAGACGUCUGUUUGAAGACAACUGUUUUCCCGCUGAAAGCAAGUCGCUGGGGUACAAUGAACUGGGCCCAUACUCAUACAAGACCAAAGGAAUCGUAUGGAAGAGACCCACGGAGCUCUAUGCUAAUCCGACGUUUAUUCAUGAUGGUGCAACAAGGACCGACAUCUGCCAGGGUGAUCUGGGUGACUGCUGGCUUCUUGCAGCCAUAGCUUCCCUGACCCUUCAGCCAAAGAUUUUGGCUCGUGUGGUUCCCCCCGGACAAAGCUUUGAGGAGAAUUACGCAGGGAUCUUUCACUUCCAGUUCUGGCAGUUUGGGGAAUGGGUGGAUGUAGUUGUAGAUGAUCGCCUGCCCACCAGAGAUGGAGAGUUACUCUUUGUUCACUCAGAAACAGGUUCAGAAUUCUGGAGUGCCUUGCUGGAGAAGGCCUAUGCUAAACUCAAUGGUAGCUAUGAGGCCCUGAUAGGAGGCUGUACCACCGAGGGAUUUGAGGACUUCACUGGGGGCAUAGCAGAGACAUACCAACUUAACAAUGCCCCUCCAUAUCUGUUUAAAAUCAUCCAGAAGGCCUUGGGUAUGGGCUCACUCCUGGGCUGCUCAAUCGAUAUCUCCAACAUAUAUGAGACAGAGGCCAAGACACCACUGAAACUGGUGAAGGGACAUGCUUACUCAGUUACAGGGGCAGAAGUGGUCAGUGUUCGUGGGCGCUCUGUUGAGCUGAUUCGGAUAAGGAACCCUUGGGGAAAGGUGGAGUGGAUAGGGCCAUGGAGUGACAACUCCAGUGAGUGGAACCUCCUGAGUCGUUAUGAAAAGAUCAAGCUGGAACAUGUUGCAGAAGAUGGGGAAUUUUGGAUGUCUUUUUCAGACUUUGUCAAGGAGUUCUCCAGACUGGAGAUCUGUAACCUAACUCCAGACGCGCUGACCAGUGAAGUGGUACGCCACUGGAACUAUCACCAAUUUGAAGGCACCUGGAGGGUGGGCUCCACCGCUGGGGGCUGUUUGAACCAUCCAGCAACAUUCCCUUUAAACCCUCAGUUUGCUGUGACUCUGGAGGAUGUGGAUGAUGAUCCACUGGAUGGAAAGGGCGGAUGCACCAUCCUCGUGGAGCUCAUGCAGAAAGGGCUACGUCAGGAGCGGCGGCUGGGCAGAGACACAAACACCAUUGGUUUUACCAUUUACAAGGUUCCUGAUGAGUAUAAGGGACGUAGAAAUGUCCGCCUGGGUGCAGACGUGCUGCUGAGACAGAACCCAGUGGCCCUGAGCAGCACUUUCAUAAACACAAGAGAAGUGUGUGACCGCUUCACGCUGCCUCCAGAUGACUAUGUCAUCAUCCCCUCCACCUUCCAACCCCACAAGACAGGCAACUUCAUCCUGCGUGUGUUCACUGAGAAACAGGCUUCAACCAGGGUCAUGGAAGAAGUCAUUGAUGCAGAAAUAGAGGAGCCUGCAGUUUCUAAGAGUGAUAUAGAUCCUCAUUUGGAAUACCUGUUCAAGAAGACUGCUGGUAAAAAUUCAGAGAUUUCUGUUCUUGAACUUGUCCCAGUGUUGAACCAAGCUAUCUCAGAAAGACCAGGUUUGAAUACACGAGGCUUCAGUAUGGAAACUGGACGGAACAUUGUCAGUCUUUUGGAUAAAGAUGGAAGUGCAAAAUUAAGUCUGAUUGAACUCCACAUUCUCUGGCAGAAGAUCAAAAAAUAUGUGGAAAUCUUCAAGAAGCAUGAUAAGGACUAUUCCGGCAUGAUGAAUUCUCAUGAGAUGAGAGAAGCUCUUUCUGAAGCUGGCUUCCACGUUGACAGUGCUGUGCUACAGAUUAUUGUGUCUCGUUAUGCCAACGCCCAGUAUACCUUAGACUUCGACUCUUUUGUCAGUUGUCUCAUCCGCCUGGAGAUGCUAUUCAGAAUGUUUAAGAUGCUGGAUCCGGGUGAAUCUGGAACAAUUAAGUUGAAUAUGAUGCAGUGGCUGUGUCUGGCAAUCAACUAA